UGCCCGCCCUUCCCGCGCCGGCCAUGGCGGAGCAGUGAGCGCGCGUUCGGUGUGUGGGAAGCGGUGCCUCGAAUCGCGCUGUGUGUGCAUGGAGCAGCGCUGGGAGAGCGCCCGGCAUCGGCAUGGAGUGGCUGAUUAAAUAAACAGCUCAUUAAGUGCCGUUAGCGGGCUGCGUUUGUGCACGCGUUAGGUCAGCCGUGGUGUGAGAUGCUGCCAAGUGCUGGUGUCUAUUACUUCCCGUGGGAGAUCAACAGCUCAGUCCCCGAGGGGCAGACACUGAGGACAUUUGGCAGGUUAUGCUGCUAUGACCUGGCCCGGUCUGAAGCCAUUCUCACCACGCAGCACAACUCAGCUCAGUACCAGGUCUGUGUUGACACCGAGUUUGUGGAGCCAUUCCAAGCCCUAGUGGGAUCUUCCUACAUGGUCCUGGGAGAGGCUGAACACAGGGAAGAAACUUCCAGUCCUGUGGUAAAAGCACGAAUAUUGAGCUGCGUGGAAGGGAUGAACGUGGCCCUGCUGGAACAAGCCAUACAGGAGCAGAGGAAAUACUUCAAAGAGAGGCAGGAGCAGAGGGAAAGCAGCACAUCCUGACAGCAGCUCUGAGACCAGCCACACGCUGGUCCUUGCACUGCCAUUUGCAACAAAUAUGUUAAAAACCAAUUAGGAAGUGUGUUUGCUGUGGCAAACAGCAAAGUCACUGAGCAGGGAAACACUUGAAGACUGAGUCAAUGUGUGUGACUAUGGGCUGUCCAUUCCUGCCCCAGGUGUCAUGACUGAAAAUAGCUCUGGGAAGCAGGUUUGUUGUUUGCUCGAAAGGGUGGUUAAGGAAAGGGAACACUUGGUUUACACUGCUUCUUUCAUAAUGCACGACAUGAAGGAGUCAGAAGCUCUGAAUCUGGAGUUCAGCAGCUCACCUUUGACAGAUGGGGGAAAGGGCAUUAGCACAAAGUUCAUUAGCCCUGCCUGGCUGCAGGCCCGUGAGUGCCUGUGUUGGGGUACCCUGACUCAGCUGCCACACAGGAGCAUUCCUGGCAAAACACUCACCCAUCUGGACUGACCAAAGAAACAAGAAGAACAAAGAGUCACUAUUUUCAGUAGCACCUGCCUCUUCAGGUAGGAAGAGCUUGUAUCUAAGGGGAGGAUUAAUUUUAAUUCUAAAAUAAAUAUUUGCAGUAGCCUGA